AUGGCUAAUGAAGAACAUAAACUUUUGGCUCAAUAUAUAAAAGAAGUUCACGCCGCUCUAAGGAAGGCUUCUUACAAAAUAGGAGUACAGAAGGCAUGGCAGGAACACUGUAAAAAUGAGAAGGUUUUAAGUGUUUAUGCAAAGUGUAUGGAACAGUUGGCAACUAAACAUUGGGAAAGUAAUUGUGCAGUCAAUACUAAUGAAAUAGUAUCUCGGAUUGAUUGGUCUGCAGAUUUUUGUUAUAGUUAUUAUGUGAACAAUUACUAUCUGAAAUUUCAUGAAAAAGAGUUAGAUAUUUCAGACAAAAUAAACAUUACAUUGAAGACUAUGGAAUCAUUUUCAUUACCUUUAAAAUUACUUGAUGUAGGAAGUUGCUAUAAUCCGUUCAAUAAAUAUGGUUUCUUUGAUGUAUUGGCUAUUGAUUUAUGUCCAGCAAACAAUUCUGUUUUAAAAUGUGAUUUUUUAAAUGUGAUGAUUGGAAACAAAUUGAUUAUAGAAGCUCAUGAAGUAUAUCAGUUACAGCAGAAUUACUUUGAUAUAGUAACAUUUUGUUUUCUUCUUGAAUAUAUACCAAAUUCAGAAUUAAGAAUAGAAGCCUGUAAGAGAGCUUACUGUGUCUUAAAGCCAGGUGGUUUAUUAAUAAUUAAUACUCCAGAUUCAAAACAUGUUGGAGCUAAUUCUAAAUUAAUGAAAUGUUGGCGAUACACUUUAGCUUGUUUAGGAUUUUCAAGGAUUAAAUAUGAAAAGUUUAAACACAUGCACUGUUUGGCUUUUAGAAGGUCUUUAGAUAAGGAGAUACCAAGAAGAUGGGUUACACUGUAUAAAGAACCAUUUAUGGAAUUUAGUCUUAACAUACCUCAGGAUUUUCUUUGUGAUGGUGAAGAUAAAAAUAUCAGUGAAUAUUCUACAUGUACUAAUUGUGUAGCUGAUAUGGAACUUUUUGGAGAACUUCCAUUUAAUUUAAAUUGUGAUGCUUGA